AGCGGCAAAGCAGGCAAAGCUGCGCGAUGAGGUGCCACGUUUUUUUGAUACAGCUCCUAAUAUGGAUCGUGGAGUGUUCAGCACAAAACAGAUUCAUCAUCUCAGCCCCAAAUGUCUUUCACGUGGGUGUUAAUGAGAAAGUAUUUGUCCAGAUGGAAACUUGUAACAGACCUGUUAGUCUCUACCUGGAGGAUGAGACUUCUAAUACUAUUUUGUCUGAGAAGGGAAAUGCUUCAUGCAGAGAGAAGACAGAACUAGUUGAGCUCAAGCUAAACAUGGAUUAUUUGUUAAGAUUGCCUCAAAUUCCUUCUUACGUUAUGCUCGUGGCAGAGAGCCAAUCCUUCACACCCAACAGGAAGUUAACAAGGGUUCUGGUGUCAAAACACAGAGGCUACAUCUUCAUUCAGACAGCUCAGCCAAUUUAUAACCCAGCAGACAGAGUGAAGUACAGAAUCUUCACUCUUGACCACACGAUGAGGCCUCAUGAGAAACCUGUCCACAUAUCAGUAAUUAAUGCUGCUGGAAAUAAAAUACUGAAAAUCAUGAAGAUUGCAAAGGGAGGAGUACAUAAAGACUCAUUCCCCAUACCUGAAAUCUCUCGAACGGGUACGUGGAAGAUUACUGCACACUAUGAGGGUGAUGAAGCAAAUGCUGCCUUCAGAGAGUUUAAAGUUCAGAAAUUUAUUUUACCAAGCUUUGAUGUGAACAUCGCAAUGGAUCAGAGAUACAUUUUGUUGACUGAUGAAGAGCUUCAAUUCACCAUCUCAGCAAUGUACACACAUGGUGAAAAAGUUAAAGGAGCUUAUCACUGCCAAAUUGGAGUUGUAAAAAAAGAUGGCUCUGGUGAUCAGAAAACCACUUUUAUCAAGGGUCUAGAGCUGACUGGUUCGGUCAAAGAUGGAAAUGCAAAGGUUUCUCUUUGGUUAAAUGAGACAAAUGCAAAACUUCAGAACCAGCUGAGCACAACUGUCUCUAAGAUGCAGGAAAAUGGAGAUCAACUCUAUUUAAGAGUGUUUGUUACCAACAUACAAAGUGGUGAAAUACAAGAGGCAGAAGUUUACCUGCGAAUCUUCGCCCACAAAUACACGAUAGACCUCUCUCGAACUCGAUCUCAUUUUAUUCCUGGAUAUCCACUGGACGUGGUGGUGCUCAUGAGACUGCCAGAUGGCUCUCCAGCAGCUGGUGUGCCAGUAAAUAUUAAUCUACCAACAUCACAGCCUUGGGAAGGCACCACUGAUCAAGAGGGGGCACUGUUCAAUACUUUUAAUGUUAAUGAUAAAGCUGAUAUUACAGUUGAAGUUUCUACAAAUGGAUUACGAGAGAGAAAAAUAAUACGACGUGCUUCCUCUCAACAUGACAGCUACCUUUACAUGACUUUAACCAGCAGGAUCUACUCUGUGAAUGAAUUCCUUACCAUAACAUUCAACACCAUCAACAGCCCACACAGUGGAUAUAUACACUACAUGGUCUUAAGCCGGGGAAUUGUAGUAAACACCGGCUCACUCCCACUUGGUAUAUCAGCUAAACACCGACUGCAGAUAACACAUAAUAUGGUUCCAUCGUUCCGUGUGAUUGGCUACUAUCACAACACUAACGGUCACGUCAUAGCUGAUUCAGUGUGGGUAGAUGUCAGGGAUGAAUGUGAGCUAAAUGACAAGGUACAACCCAUAGGUCCAUUUGCACCUAACACACAAUCAAAGAUAAACUUUGAUCUACAUGGGAACAGAGCAAAAGUGGCUUUGCUGGCUGUGGAUAAGGCCUUCUACGCUCUCAAUGCUGACAAUAAACUCACACCCAAACAGGUAUUUUCUACUAUGAACUCAUAUGAUCUGGGUUGUUCCUAUGGUGGAGGACCUGACUCAGCAUCAGUUCUAUUAGACGCUGGCUUGGCUGCUGUAUCUAAUGAUCUGUCUGUAUGGAGAAGGCACUUUGGCUGUGCUUCACCAUCUGUGCGACAAAGACGCUCAGUGGACCUUGAACAGGAAAUGAUGACCUUAAAACUGAACUACACAGAAGAAAGCCUGCAAGAGUGUUGUGUUCAUGGAUUUUCUCGAAUCCCGAUGGAACGAACUUGUCGGGAAAGAGCAGAUCGGGUCCUUCUAGUGAAAAAAAAUCCAACUUGUGCUGAAGUCUUUUUAAGAUGCUGCCUUGAAGCCGAGCGUCUAAGACAAAAAAUGAUCCAAGAAGAACUCCAAAAAGGAUUUGGCAGGACUGCAACCGCUGAUGAUAUCGAAGAGUUCUUCUUGGACACGUCUCAAUACAUUCGAAGAUAUUUUCCCCCAAGCUUUGAAUUUGUAGAAUUUGAAGUCACCAACAAAAGAACCUACUCAUUGCUCCUUCCUGAUUCCAUCACCACAUGGGAGAUUCAGGUUGUCACAUUAUCUCCAUCCACCGGUUUCUGUGUCAUUAAGCCACUUGAGAUCAGAGCCUUUAAGAGGUCAUUUGUGUCUCUGAGACUGCCUUCAUUUGUGAAAAAAUUUGAGCAGCUGUCGGUUUCACCUGUUAUCUACAACUAUGAUGACUCCGAACUGCAGGUGGCAGUGCACAUGGAACAAACUGAAGGACUUUGCUCUCCUGGUUCAGCCACCACCUCAUCUUACGUUAACAUUACUCUUAAACCACAAUCCUCUCAGUUUGUCUCCUUCUCUGCUGUGCCCAUGGUCGCUGGUUCAAUACCCAUCAAAAUACGUCUCUAUGAUAUGGAGAAUAGCUUCGGAAUAGAUGCAAUAGAAAAAACUUUGAAUGUGCAGAUGGAAGGAUUUGAAAAGAGAGAAGAAGAAGAAACCAUAGUCCUUAACUUAGAUGGGAGAAGCUCAAAGACCUUGAUCAUUGAUGGAUCCUUACCAGAUGACACAGUCCCUGACUCCAGCUCCAAUAUAUUUGUUUCACUAGAAGGGAAGGGAUUUGGCAGUUCAUUUGCACGAAAACUUCUUUCUCCUGAAAAAAUUGCUAAGAUGAUCGUUUUGCCAACUGGAUGUUUAGAGCAGACAAUGUCAAGACUGGCUCCCACAGUUCUAGCCGUCCGGUACCUUGACUUGAGCAAUCAGUGGCUUGAGCUGCCUCCUGGAAGCAGAGAUGAUGCUCUUAAUAAAAUUGAGCAUGGCUAUACGUGGGUUAUGACAAAAUGGGGAACCAAAGCUGAUGGAUCUUAUGGUUCAUUCUAUACAAUGCCACACAGCAGUAAUUGGGUGACUGCCCUUGUAGUGAAAAUAUUUUCAUUGGUGGCACAACGCCAAACAGCAGUUUUUGGACUACAGGGUCGAAUUAAUAAAGUUGUGCCAGAAAUAAAUAUCAGGAAACCAGUCAAAUACCUGCUCAAAAUACAGAAUACUCAGGAUGGGUCGUUCAGUGAUCCAAAUCCUGUGAUACACAGAGGAGUCCUGAAAGGCAAAAACCAAGAUGCAUCCAUGACUGCGUUUAUGACUAUUGCAUUGUACCGGUCCCUUGAAUUCCUCCAGCUUGAAGUGCGAAAUGAUGUGGAAGCAAGUAUUUUGAGAUCGACAUCAUAUCUCCUAUCACACCUAGCGGAGCUUCAGCAUCCCUAUGCCAUUGCCAUUACAGCCUAUUGCCUCUCAGUGUGCCUGCCAGAAGGAACAGAUCAUUCACGUACAUGGGCAAAACUUCAAGCAGGGGCUGUUAAAAGGAAAGAUGGCUGUUCUUUCUGGCCAUCUGAUGAUAACCAAAAGGUGGAUGCUAUCACAGUAGAGACAACAGCCUAUGCUCUCCUAACUGCAGUUCUGCUUGGGCAUGUGAAAGAGGCUGAUGAAAUAGCCUGCUGGUUAAACUCCCAAGAAAACUAUUAUGGAGGCUUCAAGUCAACACAGGAUACCCUCGUGGCCCUGGAAGCCCUCGCGGAGUAUGAGCUAAAGAAAUCUGCCAGUUCUGAAACAAGAAUGAAAGCAGAGUUCACAUCCCCAACAAGGAAUGAAAUUGUAACACUUCAACUGGAAAAUAAGAAGGAAAGAGUGGAAACUGACUUGAAGAAAUUUACAGGGAACAAAAUCACUGCAAAUCUGACUGGAAAAGGAGAAAUUAAGUUUAAAAUUGUUAAGGCUUACCAUUUAUUGGAACCCAAGGAUGAAUGUGAACAUCUGUCAAUCAGUGUCAGAGUGGAAGGGAAAGUGAAGUACACUGCUCCGAUAUUAGAAAAUUAUGAAUACUAUGACUACGAUGAUGAGAAACAAGACCAAGAAGACCUGGGACGAACAUCCAUUGAGGGGUCUGAUGCUCACAUCCGAUACAGGAGAACUGUUGACAACAUUAGUCCAAAAGAGGCUGUUACCUACACUGUCUGUGUCAGGCAGAAGAGCAAUCUUACAGGAAUGGCCAUUGCUGACAUCAUAUUACUGAGUGGAUUUAAGGCUGAAACUAAAACUUUGGAGAGGCUAAUGGAGCCAUCUGAGCAAUACAUUUCCCAUUUUGAGGAGUCUUUUGGAAAAGUUCUGCUCUACUUCAAUGAGCUUUUUAAACCUGAGGAAUGUAUUAGUUUUGAAGCUACACAGCAGGUACCGGUUGGUCUUCUACAGCCUGCUCCAGCCUCGUUCUAUGAUUAUUACGAACCAAAUCGAAAGUGUACUGUGUUCUAUUCUGCACCGCAAAGAAGCAAGAUGGUCUCCACGUUGUGUUCGGAGGACGUGUGCCAAUGCGCAGAAAGACCUUGUCAUAAACUACAAGAUACAUUCAAUCGAAGAAGAAGAAUUAGGAAGAUUAACCGUGUCCAACAUGCUUGCUUCUUCCCUAUCGUAGAUUAUGCAUACAUUGUUGAGGUCUCCAGCAUUUCUGUGAAGAGUAACUUUGAGCUGUACACUACUUCUGUAAUUGACGUUCUCAGAUCAAAUAACGAUGUGUCAGUGAGUGAGAACUCAGUCCGAGUGUUUGCUAAGAGGGUUCACUGCAAAGGAAAAUUACACUUGGAAAAACAGUAUCUCAUCAUGGGCAAAGAUGGCACCACAAAAGAUUCAAGUGGAAUGAUGCAGUAUCUGCUGGAAUCAAACACGUGGGUUGAAAAGAAGCCUUCAGUAGAAUGUAGUACAAGUGUCAAUAAAUAUGUUUGCAAGGAGUUUGAUAAGUUUGUAGAUGAGUACAAGGUGGAUGGCUGCAGACAGUGAAGCAACCUGCUCUCAUUUUCAUUUUCAUGCAAGUCAGUUAAAUGAAUUUCCCAUCAGAUACAAAGUUAGCAUGAAUGAUAUGAGUUUCUGUUGUUGCUUUUACUUUUUGGCUUAUUCUACUACCACAUCACAUAAUUACACAUGCAUGUUCUGCAUAUAUCUAGUGAUUUGGCUUUUCCUUUGCUCCUUCUAAACUGCUUUAAUAAAAUAUCCUGCAUUCAAAAAGUCAAAA